AUGGAUUGGCUUACGACAACGACCGUUGCGACCGCGUUUCAUUCCACUUCUUCGCAGACCUACUUUAUGUGCGCCCUUUAUGUUGUUCUAGGUAUGGUGGGAAGAUGUAAUCGAAAAUUAUGCAAAAAGUUUCUUUUCCACGACCAAAGUUUAUUUCACAUACUCUACAGUAUUCCAACCGAAGAAUAGAGCAAAAAGGUCUCAAGAAAUAGAAAAUUUUGUACAAAAAGUUUAGCAGAGACAGAAAACAAAGAAUAUAAAAUAAUUAAGUAUUUUUCAGGAUCAGUAUCAAUCUUGGCCAACGCACUAAACCUCAGUUUCUAUCUCGUUAGAUCCGACCUUCGUCGUCAAUACCGCUAUCUAAUUGCCGUUGAUUUUGGCGAAAUUAUUAACGGCGUUUCCUAUAUUGUCACUGGGAUUGGUAGAGGACGUGCGUUAGUAGGGGGUUAUUAUCAUAAUCCAGCUUCAAUCCACUACUGCUUUUUCCAGGCAAGUAAUUUUUAUUUAUUUUUUUUUGAAACUUAUUUCGCUCAUUACAACCCCAAAAACUUUUAAUGUAAUCAUAACAUAUUUUCAGACCUAUUGGCCAAUAUUUCUAAUCCUGGGAACAGAAAUCACUGCAUUAUUAACACUUUUAAUGUCAGUGGAGCGGAUUUUUGCAGUUCAAGCACCAACUUAUUACGAAAAGAUAUUUUUUGGUGAAAAACGGUACUUUUGGUUUGGUGGCACAGGAAUUAUUCAGUGUGUAAGUUCCUAUUAAAGUUAGUGUUUGAACUUUUACAGUGACCUUUUUAAUAGUACUCAUUAUAUUCGCGCUGAAAUCCCAUUAGCUGAAUAAUUGCAUAAAAAUUUCAAAAACAAAAUGCUGAACUUUAGACUCAUAAGUUUAGCUCAAAAAUAGCUGUAACUUUAUCUAAUAAUACAGUGGUGGACCUAAUCCAGUGGCAAAAAACGUACCAUUUUGCAUCGGGAAGUAUAAAAAAUGCAGGAGAAUGCUCCCUUUCCAACUAAAAAUAACUCCGUUUUGAAGGGCGCGUUUUUAAAAAAAAUCGGAGUAUUUAGAGGGAGGUAUUUUGCAACAUUUUGAUACUUCCCGGAUGAAAAAUGGUACGUUUUUUGCCACUGGAUCAGGUCCGCCACUGCAAUUUCAUCUAAUCACAACCAAUUUUUUUAGCUUCUAAUCCUUUGGGCAGCCCUAACUGCUUACAACAACUACGAAGAAACCUCCGAUCAGCACUGUGCAAUCAUCGGUUCAACCUCGAAUGAAUUUGCAAUUUUCCAUUUCCUUUUUCUAAUCCUAGCCUAUGUGGUUUCGUUCACCUCGCUGGUGGUUGUCUACUGCGUUCAACGACGAAACCGCAAUAUCAAAAAAGUCAAACGAAAUUCGGGGCCGAGAAUUCAAACCUACAUUGUGCUUACCGGGCUUGAUGUGAUCUUGGUGACAAUUCCCGGUGUUACAAUGCUCGGGGCAAAAUUUGGUUGGUGGACACCGAACGACAUUAUCAUCAGCUUGACUUAUUCUACUACGGGGUGAGUUGGAUCAGAUCCAGUGGCAGAAAAGGUAUCAUUUUGCAUCCGAGAAGUGUCAAAAAAUGUGGCAAAAUACCUCCCUCUUUAAAAAAACUCCGCUUUCAAAAGCGCCCCUCUCAAAAGGGAGUUUUUUUAGUUGGACAGGGAGGCAUUUUGCUACAUUUUUUGAUACUUCCCGGAUGCAAAAUGGUACGUUUUUUGCCACUGGAUCAGGCCCGCCGCUGUACGUAUAAGAAAAUUUUUAAUCAAAAAUUCAUUUUUUCUUCAAAUAUCUAGUGUAAUAUCGCAAAAAAGUUCUCUCUAAAUUGCCCUUUACAACCAGCAAACUCUAGUAUACCGAGGUAAACAUCUCCAGUUAUAAAUAGAGCCUAUUUCCCUCCAUUUUCUUCAAUAUUUCGACUCUUUACACUAUCGACUCUUUCAGUUUACUAUCAUUGGUUCAUAUUGGAUUCAAUUUGGUGUUCCAAAAGAAUUUCAAAUCCCGAGUGCUCGGCUGCUAUCGCCGUGUGGUCAUUUCCAAAGGCGACGAAACAACCCACGCCGUUGGAGCAGCGCCAGCAACAAUUCUACAAGUCAGCAGAACAACCAGUAAAACAAUAUAA